AUGCCAAUUGCACACCCGGACAGUGCCAAUGCUUGGGUAAGAAUGGGUGCUAUGGUUGUAAUGGUGGACGGAUACAAUGCCAAACUGGCCCUGGUUCGGGAGUAUGCUGGAUUACGUGAAUUCACUGGUAAUACUGAGCAUGGUUAUAUGGAUAUGCCCGAAGAGGAUAUGCUAUUGGUCGUUGCCUUUAACCUGGCUCGGAGAUUUAUGCGUAAACUGCUUGAAAAGAUAAUCUGGCGCACGGUUUCGGCUGCCCUCCUUUUUGGUGAUACCCGCCAUACCGCCAAUCAGCCGUAUAAUACACUAGGAGGUGCGCUUAUCAAUGGCUUAUUUCCUCGAAGCGGCCAGCAACUUGGGGAUAUCUACAACUUUGUAGGUGUGCUCCGAGACUGGUGUCAGGGGGAUGAUCCAAUUUGCGCAGAGGGUGAUGGUAAACGAGUAUAUAACGUCCAACAUCACUUGAAUUACUUUGACGUCUACUCUGGCGCAGCGGCGGUAUGGGUUAAGUCAAUGGUCGGCCAGGCUACCACGCCGACAUCCGGGUCUACAACUGUUGGGAAGACAAGUUCAGGCAUGACAGCCACAGAAACUACGGCAUCAUCAACACAGAGCGCGUCUAUCACAUCAGGAUCUAUGGGUUCAAGUCCUCCAUCUUCGACUAGAACUUCGACGCCCCUUCCGGAAGGGACGGAUUCAGGCACUGCUGCUACACCAACAGCGUCAUCUACAACUCAGGAAGGAAGAGUUCAAGGCUUUCGGUGCUUCAAAGGAUAUCUUAUUGCCUUAUCCAUAUUGUACUCUUUUCUUUUUGCAAUAGCUUAG